AUGUCGGCGACUAUGUUGUCAAUUUUCUCUGUCUUUCUUCUAAUUUGUGCUGCAUUCGCUGCUUCAAUCACACCGCCAUCUCAGGAUCCCUGGUAUGAGCAGCCCAGCAAUAUCAGUGACUAUGUUGCUGGGGAGAUGAUCCGCUCUCGAUCAGUUCCACCUGAACUGGAAUCAUUUCUAGCGCUACCUUUGAAUGUCUCUGUAAAGGCUGUUUAUCAGUAUCUUUUUCGGACAACAGACAGCCUUGGCGACGCAGUUGCUUCGGCAGUGACGCUGAUCGAGCCGUACAACUCGGAUCCAUCCAAACUAGUCGGAUACCAGGCAUUCUAUGACAGUGCCAAUGUCGAUUGCAGUCCUUCUUAUACUCUGCGGGCGGAUCAUGAGAAUCUAGGAUCUUUCGCGUCCGGGUUGAAUGUUUCACAAGACGUACCGUUUAUUGCGGCAGCCCUCAAUCUCGGUUGGUGGGUAUUCACCACAGAUUAUGAAGGGCUGAACGCCGAGUUCACGGUUGGCCUUCAGUCUGGUCAUGCAGUUCUGGAUUCGACUCGAGUUGUUCUUGACGAAGGUCCAUCUGUUGGAUUAUCACGCAAUCCCCGUUAUGCGCUUUGGGGGUACUCUGGGGGUGCACUUGCAUCUAUAUGGGCCGCUGAGCUCCAAUCAUCAUAUGCACCGGAACUGAAUUAUGCUGGUGUGGCGGUUGGAGGAACAACACCUAACACCACUUCAGUGCUCCAGACCAUCAACACCGGAUCCCACGCUGGUCUUGCUUUCUCGGCGACAUAUGGGCAAUCAAAAGCAUUCCCAAAUCUUACCAACUGGUUGAGUGAAAGCUUGGUUCCAUCAAAGUCGGCCCAGUUCUAUUCGAUUGCCAGCGGCUGUCUGUCACAGGCCACCUCUCAGGGUAGCGGCCAAGAUUUUUUCACCUACUUCAAGAACGGGGAGGCAUCCUUCAAUGAAGACGUACCUCGGUCAAUCCACAAGUGGUCAGGCCAGAUGGGGCUGCACGGUACUCCAACCGCGCCCAUGUUUGUUUAUAAAUCAACUGGGGAUGAGAUCAGCCCCGUGGAAGAUACGGAUGACCUUGUUAAGAAGUAUUGUGGCGCAGGCGCUCGUAUUGAAUACCACCGAGACCUUGUGGGAACUCAUGAGACUGAAGCGAUUUCUGGUUCGGCGAGUGCCUUGGAGUGGAUAUCAGAUCGUUUGAAAGGGAAAGCAGUUGAAAGCGGCUGCAGCACAAAAAAUGUGUUACUGUCUUCCCUCAGUGCUGAGACUGUGGCACUGCUGGGAGAAGAGUUGUUUGCUCUUCUUCAAGCGGUUCUUGGUGGGAUGCUAUGA